AGUUGAAUUAUGCUCGGGCACCAAUGUAACUCAGCUGUCAUGUACAUUGUCUCUUAUUGGUACGUCAAGAUUACCAAAUAUUUUGCCAUCCUAGCUUAGGGCCGCCGCUUGUGGGAUCACAAUCACAGUAAUGAAUGCUCUUUUAAAUAAUCUGGGUUUAGACCGACCUGUACUACUUAAGAACAGAGUAAACCUCAAUCCUAAUCAUACGUUAAUCAAUUGAUUAUACGAUGUUUCCUUGUCAUGAUGAUACACACAAUAAUAGGCCACUCAUUUCGAGAACACAAAAACACGUACUCUUCCCUCUAUACAUUGCCGCAUUGGGACUCAAUUUUUAAACUUUUCUUCCUGGCAAAAGAAUCUCCAGUUCUUCAUGCUCCUCUCCUCCCCAGACCCCAAGACAGCACAGUUCAAAAAGCUCCAAUCUUUAAUACUUUCACGGGCAUAUCUGUCCCGCUGGUAGUUUUCUUUCUCUUUGUAUUUUCACACACACAGUGAGUGUGUUCUGUGUGUUGUUUCUGCGCCUGUGAUCCGAGCUUUCCUCUUCAAAGCUCUCAUUUUUUUUUUUGCUUUACAGCACUGCAAUCUCACAUAAAGACAAAGCACACCACUUGUUUAUCAACCACCCACGUUUCCUCAUUAGUUCUCUCAUUUCUUUUAUAACUGUUUCUAUUAAUUAUACUAAAAAAAAAAACAAUGUUUAAUGAAAGAUGAGCCGUGGGUUUUUGGUUCUUUAAAUUACUGAGAUAUUGUGGUGGUGGGUAGAGAUUAGAGAACCAAAAAAAAAAAAAAAAGAGUCAAGAAUCAUAGGUAGUGAGAUAUUCUUAUUUUCUAUGUUUUUGGGUGGAUCUGAGGUUUCUGUCUUUCUCAGCCUAAGAACAGUACUAAUGCAGGUGAGACUUGAAUGCAACACUAAUGCUGCUACAAUGAGUCUUGAUCAGUUCCUUUAUUUGUUUGUUUAGGAAUUUUGAGAUUUCUGGUUUGAUGUUGUGGUUUUAAGGAUUCUGGUUUGGUUCCUUUUCUUUUUCUUUUUGGGUCCAAGGAUGAUAAAGGGAGCAGAACUGGGUAAAUUGAAAACUCUGAACUUUUUUAGCAGAGGAGCAAAAAUAUAGUUAUUACCACUGUAAUAAAGAUUGGUUUUUUUUUUUUUUUUUCAAAAAAAAAAGAUUGGUUUUUGAAGCUUCUUAUGUAGAUCCAUUGGCUUUGGGUUUUACCAUUAUAUCUGACUCUCUAUUUUUUCCUAAAUUGCUUUUGAGGAUUCCUAUGAAUAUUUGUGAGAAUUAAGAAUGUAGAUCAGUCCAUAGUUUCUGAAUGUUUCAAUAGGAGAGUGAAAGGUUGAUGUUGAUUUUGGGUUUAUAUAUUGUUUUUAAUUCUUUAUAGUUUCUGGGUUGAUAAAGGUUGUUUUUUCUAAUUGGAUAUUAGAUUGUUGUUCUUUUUAGCCGGCAUUUAAUUCUUUAUGUUUUCUUUCAUAUGUUUGCUGUGAUUUAGAGCUGCAGAGGAGCUGUUGCUUGUCUGUCUGGAUCAAUACAUUCGACAGCCUAUUUGAGAUAUACUAAUUUAUGUAGAAUAUGCCUCAAGACAGUCUGAAGUCAGCUGUGUACAGAUCAUUUGUCACGUGUGAUGAUCCGAGAGGUGUUGUUGAGUGUAAGCCGAUUAGAAAAAACAAGACUGAGCCCUCAAAGAUGGACGAUCGUGUUGUAAAACAAAGAGCACACGACAAUUUGAGUGUGUCUUCGUCGAAGAAGGGAGAAAGGAAAGAAAUGGCGUGGAAAGGGCGGUGUGCAGAAGAGUUAAGUUGUGUGUCGUCUGUGCAGCUCGCGGAGGUGUCUAAAGGAGCUGAGAAGCUAAACCGAGUGAUUGACUCGUUGUCACGAGGGGUUAGCUUUGAGAGGCAGUCGAAAGAUAUUGCAAAGGACUUGUUGAAAGGAGCUCUUGAUUUGCAGGAGUCUCUAGUGAUGCUGGGGAAAUUGCAGGAAGCAUCACAGCAAGUGGCAAAGCUGAAGAAAAGGUCUAAUGAGUUUGAUGGAACGGGCGUUAGUAGGGCGAAAUCUGAAAGAAUUGGAGGUCACAGAUAUCAUCAGAUGGAGUUUGAUGAGAAACCGAGAUUUUCUGUUGAUGGGGUGGCGUCGGGGGAUUGCUACGAGGAGCUGAGGGAGGUGAUAAGGGAGAGCUUUGCUAGACAGAAUUUGUUGCCACCAAGGUGUCCUGUCAAGAGAGUUUCUUUUGAAUGCAGAGAACUGGAAUUGUCUCCAGAUCUCCCCUCCACUAGCUCAAGCCAAUCUUCAUUUGAAAAGCCUUGUUUUGACAGAACAAAAUUGGCUUUCACUCCUGAUCCUCCUUCUACUAGCUCAAGCCAAUCUUCCAUCUUUCAAUCCAGAGAGGAGAAGCCUAAAGGUCCAAACUUGAUUGCCAAGCUUAUGGGUCUUGAAGAAAUUUCUUCAAAGCCUCUCCAAUCACCUUCACAGAAACACUUAGAGAAGGACAGGCUUUUUAACCAAAGGCGGCCUAUAUUCGAAAUUGAUCUGCCAAAGGCAAAGAAACCUCCCUCUGUUGUCCAGAAGCCCGAUCCCAAACGCAAAACUCUGGAAGAGAUCAUUGAAACUAUGCAACUCAAAGGGCUAUUGAAAAGCAAGCUUAUGGAUGGUUCAAAGCAUGAAACUCACCAGCACACCGUUUCAGAUUUGGGAGAGAGGUUUGAUGAUGGUUCCCCGCCAAUCGUGAUUAUGAGGCCUUUUUAUGCUCCUGAACUUCAUGGAGAAAGGUUUUAUGAAAGUACAUCUCCCUGCUUUGAAUGUGCUUCUGUCACUGAAGAAAAGGUUAGGAGAAGCAGAAGAGAAGACUUUUUACCCAAAACAACUGAUUGGCAGAAGGGAGCUGUCAAUGCUACCUUCUCUAGAAGCUGGGCAGCAAAAAAUGGUCAAAUAGCAAAUUCCAUUCAGGAAAAAGGAGCUAAGGAACAUAGAGAAACACCCAAAUAUCCAAAUGAAAAUGGGACCAAGGUUCAUGCAAAACUGUCUUCUAUUAAGGCUAAGGCUUCUGAUCCUGGGAAGCCUAGGCAACAGAAGAAAGAAGCUAUCGAUAAAAAGCUUGACAAGAUUCAGAAGGUGACUCCUAAUUUGAGGAAAACAGAAGGAAUGAAAAAUUAUUCCAAAGUUAGGAAUGCAGCUAAAUCUUGUGACAUAGACAAGAACUCCUCUGCUAAACUCAGAAAAUCAGAUACAGUGCCACAUAUAUCGGAAAAACAGCAAAAAAAUAGCACUUCAGAUCUUGCUUCAAAGCGUGCCACUGCUGCUGCAUCGCAUAACUCCAGAAAUAAGAAGAAUAUGAAAACAGACAAGCCACGGGUGACAAAGCAGGUUGAAAAUAAGGGAGACAAGGAUGUGCAGCUAGACCUUAUAUCCAAGAAAGAGACUUACAAAACAGAAACCAAAGUUGAAGCAUCAGAGAAACUUUAUGCUCCCGAAGCUUCUGUUGUUUAUGAGAACCACAUCACUGAUGAUCAAAUCAGUGAUGAAACUCUUCCUUGUGACUCCAACGUGCUAACUGUCGCGUGUGACAUCAAUAUUGAAUCUACGGGACAUGAGAAAUCCUGCACGAGUCCAGUACCGAAUGAGAAAACGAGCUCUGGAGCUAGUUCUGCCACGAGAAGUCUACUGCUAAGCAGUGCAUCAUUCCUGAGCCAAGCAGAAGAGCUUUUCGGUACUGAUGCAUGGCAGCCUGCAGCAGCAUCCUUCAAACACGAGAACGGAAUGGCAGAGACAAAACUGUUGCUCGAUUGUGCCUGUGAACUAUUGAACAACAAGAAGGCGCAAUGCACAGUGUCUUUCGAUCCAUUAUCGAGUAAACCGGUUAGAAGGUCUAGAGUUGGCAUCUCCCUUGACGUGCUGGUUUCUGAAAUCUGCGAGGCGAUUGAAAGUUUGGGGAGGUACAAAGAUCCUGCUGGAGCCCUUGGCGUCGAUACGCUUUGUUCCUUAACCAAGAAAUAUGAGUGGUGCAAGGGAGUGGUGAGUGGAACAUGGGAUUUGGGUUGGAGUAAAGGAUUCAGUUCAGAUGAAGUGGAGAAGGUAAUAGGUGACAUAGAGAAGCACCUGUUGUGUGGUAUCAUUGAGGAUACAAUAGCAGAUUUUGCUGUGUAAAUGUUACAGUAUUCUGGUAUUGGAAUCUAGGAGCUCAACUUCUAAUCUGUAUAUAUCUAUCUCAUUCUUAAUUUAUUUUCUUGAAUUUAAUUUUUC